UUUAAGCUCACAAAGUGUGGCUGGCAAGAAUAAUAAGCCACACUGUUGGAACCAUCGUUUCUCCGCCUAUUUGAGCCCAUAAGAUGUCUUCACUUCUCAAGGUGGACCAUGAAAUUAAAAUCAAGGUCGAUGCUUUCAGGGAACGAAUCACUUCAGAAGCAGAAGAUUUAGUUUCACAUUUUUUCCCAAAGAAGUUGCUGGAACUUGAUCACUUCUUGAAGGAUCCAAUCAUAAACAUCGCUGAUCUGAAGGAGAUCCACUCGGAGAUAAACCUGACGGUGCCAGACCCCAUCUUGCUCUCAAGCCUGCAUGACGGACUAGAACCGCAAAAUGCCAAAAAGAAAAAGCUUGAGGAUGGAGUCGGGGAGGACAUGGUGACGGGCACCAAGGUCUUCGUCAUGCCUGGUGGCAUGAUGAAGAGCAACAGAAGCCUUGUUGAUCUCAUUGAGAAGGUCAAACCAGAGAUCCGGACACUCAUAGAGAAAUGUAACACAGUCAAAAUGUGGGUUCAGCUGCUGAUCCCCAGGAUAGAAGAUGGCAACAACUUCGGAGUGUCAAUCCAGGAGGAGACGGUAGCUGAACUGAGAACAGUUGAAGGAGAAGCAGCGUCUUACCUCGACCAGAUAUCACGAUACUACAUCACAAGAGCAAAGCUGGUUUCUAAAAUAGCUAAAUAUCCACAUGUGGACGACUAUCGGCGCACGGUAACCGAGAUUGAUGAGAAGGAAUACAUCAGUCUGAAGAUAAUAGUUUCUGAGCUCAGGAAUCAAUACGUAACGUUACACGACAUGAUCCUGAAGAACAUUGAUAAGAUCAAGAAGCCUCGAAGCUGUAACACAGACGCGUUGUACUGAUGUUCCUCCGUCUCAGCCUCCACCUCCACCCUCCUCCACCUCCUCCUCCUCCUCCACCCGCCUGCACGCCAUGCCUGUUGAGCUACAGCAGCCCUGUUCCGCUGGACUACAACCAGACAUUCACCCACUUCAGUACAAUCAACACAACCCAGUACAGAAACAUAGCUCCCAUAGAUGGACACAACGCACAUGUUUUUGUUUUAAAUGUAAAAUAUUGUUCUUGUUUUAAAAAAAACAUUUGAAGGAAAAUGGUGAGACGUAAAAAGAAACGCUCUAUUUCUUUUUCUUUUUUUAAUUAAACAUUUCGUCGUGAGAUCAUCUGUGAAAUUGUUUCUUUUAUAGCUCUCAAGAAGAAUUCUGAGCCGUGAGGUUUGUUUUGUUCCCUAAAUGUUGUAUUUUUCUCUUCAAGUCUCUUAGACUUCUUCAUCUGGAGGGUUGAUGUUAUACAUUACACAAUACAGUUGUUACAUAAGCAGGUUUUAGAUCCACAGGCUUAUUCGUUUUCAGUGAAAAUGCAUAACUCACCAAAGCAUCUCUUGUGUUGAGGAAUUCAUUCUACUCAAUAAAACAUUUGUUUCUGAUAAAAGAA